CUUUGGGGUUAAUGCUUACAGAUGAGAGCUCUUGGCCCGGUGCGUUCUGCAAAAAGGGUGUGAAAAGACAAUCGCCGAUAGACAUACGGACAAACGAAGUUAUACGCGACUUCGAGAAGCAGUUCAUUAAAUACGGAGAACUGAACUUCACGGGAUAUGAGUCUGUUUUGAUGACUGGGAUCAAUAAUGGUCAUACCAUCCAAUUCAGCACAGAUGGCGACAAUUCCAUGCAUCCAACCAUCAGGGGCGGUCCCCUCAAGCAUCAGUAUAGAUUGGAGCAGUUCCACUUCCACUGGCUCUCGGAACACGCGAUAAACGGAGUGAAAUUUCCAAUGGAAAUACACUUCGUCCACGUUCGUUCAGACUUGAAAGUGUCAGAAGCACUCAAAAAGAGGGAUGGUCUAGCUAUUAUCUCUGUGUUUUGUAACGUAAAAGCAGAUUUAACUGUGGAAGAAGAAGAACCUUCAGAAGAGUUGAUACAAUACAUCCCCCAGUUGAUGAGAACAGCUGAUAGGAUCAGUGGCGUUCUGAUAGAUAUCAGAAAGCUGUUAACUCUAGACAAACGCUCUUACUACACAUAUUUGGGCUCACUCACAUCUCCUGAGUGUAACGAGGUGGUGGUGUGGAUCAUCUUCAUGAAGCCCAUUCAAAUAACGGAUGCAUUGUACCGUAUAUUCGGCAAAGUUGGCGUGGGCCGGCAUAACUUCCGAAGCCUGCAGAAGGUGAGCCACCACCUCGUGUUCCAGCCGCCUCCGGAGAUGAUAACCACACCCAAAGCUGUGAAGAUUCUGUCCAAUGUUGUGAGAGUGAUACGAGAUUUCUUCCAUAAUGUUACGAGUUUCGUAUCAAAAGGACUGAAAACAAGAUAAUACGAGGCUGUGUAUUAGUUGUUAAGUUUAAAUAAAACGAUUGUUGUUUAAUUGUCUAUUUAUUAUUAACAUUACACAAUAAUCGUACAACGUACAAUCACAAAUAAAUACUAAUUAACCUCGUACGAUUCUACCCAUCCAUACUUUGUACAAUACUUGCUAGAAAUCUACAAUACAUAGGUGACAAAGAGUACUUUAAGAGGACUACAAGAGCUAUAAUAACGCACGCACACACAUAUACAUUUAACGCAUAGCUCUUGGCCCGCUCUGUCGGUACACACCGCACGCACACAUGCGUGCACACAGGCUAUAUUGCCUUUACGAUUUACGCUUUUAUGUCGUGUAGUCCCCUUUAGGAAAAAUUUUUGUCGUAUUUACUAACAAUGCGGUCAGCUUUGAACAAGGUUACACAAGACCUAUAUUAUAUUUUUCGGAGUUAGAAAUAUAUUAUAGGCCAUGGUAUAUAGUUUCUGGCUUCCUGUAAUCCUUUAUUAGUUAUAUUUAAGUAAUUUUAAUAAAAUCAAGACGGAUGUUUCAAAUUAAUUAACUAACAAUUAGUGUAUUUAAUGGACAGUAAUAUAUCGGUUAUAAAUUAAACGCUAAAAAGAAAAUAAAUUUCAACAAAAAUUCUUUCAUAUAUUUAUAACAAAUUAUUGUUAAUAACAAAGCAAUGAUAUGUUGUAUGCAUUUAUAAAAUACGCGCAACGGAGCAAUUUAAAUGGAUUACAAAUGAAUGAAAUUAGUAAAGAGAAUUAACAAUGACAGAGUUUGAGCAUUUUAGUACAUUGUAUUUAUUAUAUGAAUAGCAAAUAGUGCCUCUAUAGAAGGGUUUGUGAAAUUUUGUUACAAAAAUGUUGAACUAUAUUUAUGAUGAUCUUAUGUAUUCAAUGAUAUUUCAUAUGAUUGAUAGCACAUCAAGACAAUAAUUGAAAAUGCUAUAUCAAAGAUCAAGCCAGUAAGUGUCAAGUGUGUAAGUUCAUCCCUAAACAAGAGUGAGAUGUGAUAAUUAUAACAUUGCAUGAAUAAAAUUUAAAAUAGAUACAAAUGAAACUCAAGAAAGUCAUAUAUUUCGCGCAAACAAAUUUUUUAAUUAUAUAGAUAUAAAAAUCUCCUAUUGGUUUUUUAUUCAUUAAUUACUAGCAGCGCCCCGCGCUUUCACCCG